CGCCUACCCAUGAAAACACCGGAGAGACCCACAGAGGGAUUCGUACCACAUUGCGGUGACAUCAACUACAAUUUGAAGAGAAGUCCUUCAACAUUUCGACGGCAAGGGGCGCAGUGUGUGGAGGAAGAGCUGAUGAGGUGAAGACAGCCAAAGGAGGCCACUGUGGUUCACCUGCUGUCUAUUGGUCCUGAUUCUGAGUGACCCUGCUGCCUACUUUCUCCCUCCAUCACUUCAGGAGGAGGCUGGGCUCCCUCUGGGUGCAAGAAACACCAUGUGCCAAAACUGGAGAGGACUUACCACUGCCCCAUAGACCGCCAAACCUCUUGAGAACCUUCCCCUCUAGCUUGAGGACGCUCCUAAACCUCCGCAUUGCCCACUGGCCAUGAUGAAAAAGGUGGCAGCAUGGUCAGCAGAGGACGUCUCUGACUGGCUGAGCAAAGAGGGGAUGCCGGAGUACAUUGAUGCCCUCCGUCAGACGGACGGUGCUGCUCUGCUCAGGAUCAAUGAGACAGAUUUCCAGAUACCUCCCCUCUCACUGGUGUCGUCUGAUGGCGGGCAGCAGCUGUUGGAGCGACUUGAGACGCUGCGAAUAGAGACUCAUAUCGAGGCUCACAAAAACGGGCAUGCAAACGGGCAUGCUGGUGGACUACCUAAUGGAACUACCAAGCCUCAGAGGAAUGGCACAUUGGGGAUGAAGGACUUCAGGAUGGAGAUGGUCCACAUCCCCAUCCCUACAAUAGAAACGCGCUCCUCGUUCCCUGCUGAGUGGGGAAAGACAGGCAUAGCGUUCGUCUAUGCUGUGGUGUGCUUUGUUACUACAACGGUUGUCAUCUCAGUGGUCCAUGAGAGAGUACCUCCAAAGGAGCACACCCCACCGCUGCCUGAUAAGUUCUUCGACCUGUUUGACAGGGUGGAGUGGGCCUUCUCCAUCUGUGAGAUUAAUGGCAUGCUGCUGGUGGGACUCUGGCUGAUACAGUGGAUUCUACUCAAGCACAGGUCAAUUAUAGGCAGGCGGUUCUUUUUCAUUGUGGGCACACUUUAUCUGUACCGGUGUAUUACAAUGUACAUCACCACUCUGCCUGUUCCCGGGAUGCACUUCAAAUGCUCUCCAAAGCUUCUUGGGAACUGGGAGGCACAGAUGAGGAGAAUAAUGAAGAUGAUCGCCGGUGGGGGCCUCUCCAUUACAGGUUCCCACACCAUGUGUGGAGAUUACUUGUAUAGUGGCCACACAGUCAUGUUGACACUAACGUACCUCUUCAUCAAGGAAUAUUCACCGAAGCGGUUCUGGUGGUACCACUGGUUUUGCUGGACCUUGAGCGCUGUAGGGAUUUUCUGCAUCCUUCUGGCCCAUGACCACUAUACUGUGGACGUGGUGGUUGCAUAUUUUAUCACUACACGCCUCUUUUGGUGGUACCAUACAAUGGCCAACCAGCAGUCGCUAAAGGAGACGUCACAGAGUAACCCGUUCUCGCGGGUGUGGUGGUACAGACUGUUCCAAUACUUUGAAGAAAACGUCAACGGCACGGUCCCUCGUAACUACCAGCUGCCGUUGUCACUGCGGUCGUUGCAAUGGAACCGCGGUGUGAAGUACAGCAAACUGGACAUCCAGUGACCCUUAUCAUGUCGAAGUAGGAGAGGACUAUGACUUCCAUAAGUGCUGUUUAUACCCAUGGAAGAUGGCACUGUUAAAUGUAGCGCUGUCAUUUCACCUCUAGUAACAGACACAUCUCUGUCCAAAUGGGUAGCACUGUGACCCACCUAGUAUUUUUUUUUUCUUUGUGUAUAUACGUAUAUAUAUAUAUGUAUUAUUUUUGUUUUCUCUCGUCCUCUUUCUCUUCUGGUAGUAUUUGCCAACACAGAGCACUAAUUUAUAUUUGUUUUGUGUCUUUUCCUCUUCGUGGGCCACGCAACAGUUUAUGAAGCAUUUCCACAAACUUCUAAAACUCAAAGAUUUUUGGCCUAAAGGACUCAAAUACUUUUUUCCCUCUCUGCACAAAACCAUAGUUAACGUCUUCAUGUUCUUACAAGACUUUUAGUGCAAAUGGUGUCAAUCAAAUGCUCAUUUGAUAACCAAAAUGCCAUAAGCUUUUUUUUUCCCCUUUUUUUUUUUUGAUAUAGCAAAUUACUUUUUGUAAACUGUCCUUGCUAAAAUGAGUAAAAGGUGCAAAAAAUAAUUUUUUUAAGUAUGUCAAACUUUAUUUUUCAAAAACAAAUGAUGUCCAACAAAAAAAGAUUUUUAGAUUUUUACCUUUUUCAAGAUGGAUAACUGAGAGCAUAAGAAUCUAAUGUGGUAUAACGAUAUUCCAGUGCCUUUCUUAGCUUGAUUGUAAAACAGUUCAAGUACUAUGUGUCUUGUGUCUCUCUGCCGCGGGCUGCGACCACGCCGCGGUGCGAGGUGGUACUUAGUUAACAGUCCUCGUUCCCAUGAAUGUAAAAACAACUACGCCAGCCUUACCAGAGAAUUGGUUUUCCCAAAAUUCAGUGCAGUGAGUGAAAUGUCCCAUUUAUUUAUUGAAGCUUACGAUGUCAGUCUGUGCUUAGUUGGUCGGCGCUGUUUUAACAGAAAAUAAUGACUGUUAAUUGUAUUUUUUUUUUUUUUUUUUUUUU